CGGGCGUUGCUGAGAGUACUCGUUGUUCCGAGUCCUUGUUGCGGCCCUGGGAUCGGCCGUUUCCGCGUGGCCCGGAGCGAGGCCAGAAGGCCGCCGCUCGAGGCCCGCGUCGCCAUGGCCGCGGUUCCCGAGUUGCUGCAGCAGCAGGAGGAGGACCGCAGCAAGCUGAGAUCUGUAUCUGUGGACCUGAAUGUUGAUCCCUCGCUUCAGAUUGACAUACCCGAUGCACUGAGUGAGAGAGAUAAGGUCAAAUUUACAGUGCACACCAAGACCACGCUGCCCACGUUUCAGAGCCCAGAGUUUUCUGUUACAAGGCAACAUGAAGACUUUGUGUGGCUACAUGACACACUUAUUGAAACUGCAGACUAUGCUGGGCUUAUCAUUCCGCCCGCUCCUACAAAGCCUGACUUUGAUGGCCCUCGAGAAAAGAUGCAGAAAUUGGGAGAGGGUGAAGGGUCUAUGACCAAAGAAGAAUUUGCUAAGAUGAAGCAAGAGCUGGAAGCUGAGUAUCUUGCGGUCUUUAAGAAGACCGUGUCCUCCCAUGAAGUCUUUCUACAGCGGCUCUCUUCUCACCCUGUUCUCAGUAAAGAUCGCAACUUCCAUGUGUUCCUGGAAUAUGAUCAGGAUCUAAGUGUUAGGCGGAAAAAUACCAAAGAGAUGUUUGGUGGCUUUUUCAAAAGUGUGGUGAAAAGUGCUGAUGAGGUCCUUUUUUCUGGAGUUAAGGAGGUAGAUGACUUCUUUGAGCAAGAGAAGAAUUUCCUCAUUAACUAUUACAAUAGGAUCAAGGAUUCAUGUGCAAAAGCUGACAAAAUGACCCGAUCUCAUAAAAAUGUUGCAGAUGACUAUAUCCACACUGCAGCCUGUCUGCAUAGCCUGGCUUUAGAAGAGCCCACGGUCAUCAAAAAGUACCUAUUGAAGGUUGCUGAGCUAUUUGAAAAACUUAGGAAAGUAGAAAGUCGAGUCUCCUCAGAUGAAGACUUAAAGCUGACAGAGCUUCUCCGAUACUACAUGCUCAACAUAGAGGCUGCUAAGGAUCUCUUAUACAGACGCACCAAAGCCCUCACUGACUAUGAGAACUCAAACAAAGCCUUGGAUAAGGCCCGCUUGAAAAGCAAAGAUGUUAAGUUGGCUGAGGCAAACCAGCAGGAAUGCUGCCAGAAAUUUGAACAGCUUUCUGAAUCUGCAAAAGAAGAACUAAUCAAUUUCAAACGAAAGAGAGUGGCAGCAUUUAGAAAGAAUCUAAUUGAAAUGUCUGAACUGGAAAUAAAGCAUGCCAGGAACAAUGUCUCCCUUCUGCAGAGCUGCAUUGACUUGUUCAAGAACAACUGAUCUGCCUUUUCUCUGAAUGAAGGACACGAAUGUGAAAGAAAGCCAGCAUCACUUGCACUUAAAUCAUCACAAGAUUUAUUACCUUUUACUUUAGUUUAAAAUUAUGUGAAUAAAUAUUUUGAUUUCUAAAAAUCUUAACACUUAA